CUGGGCAGAGCUGCUUCAAAACUCUCUCCCUGGCGCUGCCCCCUCCAGCACCGCAGCACGCCGCCAGCCUAGGGGCCGAACCCGGAAGAGCCGCUGGGAGUCCGGCAGCUCUGCUCCCCCUGCACUCCUGAGGGGCAACCAGACGGUUCUUCCCUCCGCCCCGCAGCAGCACGCCUGAGACUGGAAGGCAGGAGCAGCCCGGCCGCUGCCCAUCCGCCAGGCCGAGGAAAGGGACAGCGAAGCCCAGCAAGAGGCGAGCAGCGGCGGCGACGGGAGCAGCAUGUUCUACGCGGUGCGCAGAGGCAGGAGGAUCGGAGUCUAUCAGAGCUGGGAGGAGUGCCGAGAGCAGGUGAACAGGUACCCGGCCGCCAGCUUCAAGAAAUUUGCCAGCGAGGCAGAGGCUUUGUCCUUUGUGGGCAGCGAGGCGCGGCAGUCCUCAUCCUAUUCAGCAGGUACUAGUGGCAUAUCUAGUUUAACACAAGAGAGUGACAGCUACUGGAAUGAACUGGAAACAGCAAGCCCAAGUUACAGCAAAUGCAAGAGACCAUAUGAGCAGUCUUCUGAGGAAGAACCUAACAAAAAACAUGUAAAAUACAAUGAGACAUAUUCGGCACCUUCAGUGAGCAAAGAUAAAUUCUCAUAUAUGGGUGACUCUGUAGUUGUUUAUACAGAUGGCUGCUGCUCAAGUAAUGGGCGUCGUAAGGCACGUGCUGGAGUAGGAGUCUAUUGGGGACCAGGCCACCCUUUAAAUACUAGUGAUAGGCUUUCUGGACGGCAGACCAACCAAAGAGCUGAAAUACAUGCAGCCUGCAAAGCAAUAGAGCAAGCAAAGAGUCAAAACAUCAAGAAACUGGUUAUUUACACUGACAGCAAGUUCACUAUAAAUGGUAUAACAAGUUGGGUAGACAACUGGAAAAGUAAUGGCUGGAGAACAAGCACAGGAAAAGAUGUAAUAAAUAAAGAAGACUUUGAAAGACUUGAUGAGCUUUCGGAGGGAAUGGAAAUUCAGUGGAUGCAUGUUCCCGGUCAUGCUGGCUUUAUAGGAAAUGAAGUGGCUGAUAGACUUGCAAGAGAAGGAGCUGGAAAACAAAACUCCUAGCAUGCUAUCAAGACUAGGAAACUUCGUUCUUGCUAACUAAAGACUGUUUAAGCCAUAAGACAUACUCUUUUCAGUUUGAAAACUUCCUGUUGGAAUUGUUCAAAAUAAGUUAAUUUAUCCUUACCUUAUUUCUGGUUUAAAAAUUUUAAAUAUAUGCUGUCCUGUAUAAACACACCUACUUUUUUAGAGUGUUCAGGUUACUUGGUUAAUCGCUGCUUUGUUGGUAGAGGCUUACUGAACAUUCAAAUUUUGGUAAAAGUAAGGUGUCCAGUGUUUUUAGUUCCAUUUGCCACAGUACCUGUUAAUUUUUUUAGAUGUUCCAUAACUGAGAGAGAACUUUAGGUUUUAUAAAGUAUAAUUGUUUCAAAAAGUUUAUGAAGGGAAAUAUGUUGCAAUCUGAAUGAUAGACGUUUUCCCUUUACCAAGAGUAUUGAAAUAAAUUUAAACUUGAUAGGUUUGUCACUGUUUUUAAGCAAAUAGUUUAGAAAAUACUGAAGUGCAAUGGCAAUUAUUUGAACUGCAUAAUCCUAUAAAACAUAACUUCCCCCACCGCACCUCCUCAAAUGCUAAUAAGUGUUUGUUUGUGUGUUAGCUCCUAAGAGUAUUAGGGAUGUAAAUAUUGGUUAAAAAAGUUAACUGGUUAAUUUUGAUCAUUUAACCGGUUAACCAUUAACCUAGGUUGCUCAGGCAGGCAGGGGCUGAGCUCCAGGUGGCCCGGGGGCCCGCUCCAGGCAGCCCAACGUGGCCAGCCGCUCGUCAGGAUAAACGGUUAAGAUGGUUAAGGCCCAUAUAACAGUAAGCCUAAUGCUUACUGGUUAACCUUUUACAUCCCUAAAUAGUAUCCGUAUAAGCUGCUGUAAAGUAUUUGUUCGUCCAGACUUGCAGACGUAACAAUCAACAAAGCAGGCUGCAGGGAAGUAUUAGACAGGUUUCCUUUUCCAGCCACUUGAAUUUCAAGUCCCCUGUAGACUUUGCUUCCAGCUUCUUCCUGAAGCAACCUCGAACUGGCCCCUAGUCAGCUAUUGCCAUCACAAGAUGGGCUCCUGAGUGACUUCAUACUGAAAACUGCCAUGUUGACUGUUACAUUGUCUUACACCUGUUCACUGAGAGUGAUUGUUUCACACUCUAAUCCAUGUGCAUUCUGGUGAUUUUCAUGCUGGUCAGAGUCUUAUCUACAUAUAACCAUAUCAUGUGACAUACUACUUGAUUCCUGCUUUUGCAAAUUUGUUCCUGUGCCACAUUUGAGUUCCCACUGUUUUUUCUGCCCCCUGCUUCUCUAGCACUACCAUGAUUUUCAAGUUAUUUUGCUGGUUUUCCCCUUCUUAAACCUUCGUAAUUUUUGUUCUGUUUCCCUCUCCCCUAUGUCUGUCCCAUUCUUCUUUCCCCAUGAACAAGAAUUUAACACAUUGUGCUCUUUGUCCUGACAUGCUCACCCCCUCUCUUGCUCCACUGUUAACCCCAUUCCUGCCUCAUUUCUAUUCUUUUCUCUCUUUACCUAUCAUCUGAUUCUGCUGACCUCAUUCUAAUUGAUUUCCUUUCUUUCAGUCCCGUUCCAAACAUACUUGACUGCUCAUAAUCUCUAUACAUUGCUCUCUACCUUAAUCUGUUUUCAUGGUCAUUCUUCCAUAUCGGCCCCUUUUUUUUUUUUUUUUUGGCCCAUAUAUCUUACCCUCUAAGAUGCAUUUGGCUCCUGUUUCUAGCCCCUUCCCAUGCCUCUUUCUUCCCCCCCUUGGUGGAAUCCUCUAUGCCAUCCUAGCUUCACUUCCUGCCUCUCCCCUCUGUUUCCCCUAUAUUAUUCGAUGCUGUUUAAGUUUGUUUGAUGCUCUGACACUAAAGCUUUUCCUCUUUCUGACAUUCAGUAGUGGAUUGACACUUAGCCAUCAACUCGGUCAUUCACUUGGCGGGUUCUGACCAUUGCCACCUUUCCUCAGCAUCAGUCAUUCCUCGUCAACCUUGAGACAUGCUGUUUAAUUCACCUUUUUGUCUUUUCCCUCGCAAUAGCAGGGGAUCCUCUAUAGCUACACCCUCUUUGUUGCAUUGCUGUCACUUUGAUCCUUUUCCCAUCUGAACACCACCUCUAUGCUAGCAUUUCUAUACUUACUAAAAUUUUGUUCUUUAAAAUAUCAAUUUCUUUAAAAUCCUACAUUCUUAGAAUUAUACAAUAUGAAAAAUUAUCUUCAAAUGACAUGGGCUGUGUCUAAAUUGGCGUCUUGCCCCAAAUCCAGUCAUUGGUAUAAGCUGAACCACUCAUUUCUUAUGUAGAUGGGCAAAGAUAGUCAUUUUGGCACUUAUUCCACUUGAAACCAGGAUAAGCUCCACUGCUCAGAACGGCUUUGCCUUCCUAUGCUUAGGGAUUAUACCAUUUAAACCACAUGGAUGACUAUAAAGGAGCAAAUCUCCACUCUAGUCAAGGCCUUUAUUAAACUCAGCUGUAGAGUUCCCUACAUGGUGUCUUGCUGAUACAUUAAACAUUUACUUUCAAAGUGAGCACUGUAGGCUUUGAUGGGUAAACUGGACUUUUCCUGCAUUACAAAUCACUAUCACUGGCUGAGGUUCAGCAGGCCUGAUUAUAGCUUCAUACCUGUGCAACUGCUGUAUCUCUAAGUGGAUUCACACUGGGGUUACUUGAGGGUAAUGUUGGCUUCAGAGAUGUAUUGCAGGGUGUAUGUGGCCUGCAGAACUUCUGCUAGCAUUCAUGGUUCAUCAGACAGUUUACCAUAGUUGCCAGCUCAAAAAAAACAAACCUCGAGUCCAUUUAAAUUCAUGUAAGAACCCUAUUCUAAUAGUCACUUUGGGUGAAAAUGCAGCCUUGUGUAUUGGAGGUUUAAUUCCAGCUUAACUUUGUCAGGGAGCAUUUAUAAAAGCCUUAAUUUUACUGGUUUAAUAAACUUUUUAUGCUUCCUUAGUUCCAAGUUAAAAGAAUAUUAUGCCUGUAAUGUAAGCACUCAAAAAUUGGGAAAUCUGAGAAUUAAGGUUGCCCGUGUAACCUUACUUUGGUUCCCUUGUGUGUAGGCAUUGGCUGUUUUUAAUUAAAUGACCAGUUCCUAAUUUUUCCAUAUGUCCCCCAUCCAGGAAAUUCUAUCCAAUCGAAUGCCACCCUGGAAAUUUGGUUGGAUUCUUUCUCUCCCUCUGCUUCAAAAUUUUUGUAUAAUGCUGGGCAAGUCACUUGAGCCACAGAAAAGCUCAUGAAUAAACAAUUUUGUAGUAGGCCUAGGAUUUAGAUGGUGGGCUGUAAAUAAAGCCAAAGCCACACACUUGAGCAAUGAACAGAACUAAUGGAAAUAUUGAACAGCCACCUAUGUGGCAGGGAUACUGUGGCAAAAACAAUGCAAUCAUGUAAGUGAAGUCACUAAUAUGUACACAAAAAGUGGACCAAAUAAAGAUGGAACAACCUUAA